AACCAGUGUCCUCACACUCAGUCUUCAUGUCAACAUUUUGACGCGGACGUCAUCUGAGAUGUUGUAAGAGGAGCUGUUGAGUGAACCCGGAGGCUCGUCGGUGUCGCAGCUCUCGGGAUGGCAGCGCCGGCCCUUUUUUCACUCUGACUCUCAGUGCGCUUCCUGUGCAGCCGCUCAGUCGCUCUGCACCGUCAACAACAUGGCCAUACGCAGAAAAGACAGCUUCCUCUGGGGGAAAGCUCCAUCGGAGAGGAGGCUGAACGAAACCAUCAAGAGCCACAAGUUUGAGAAGCUGGACGACAUUCAGCUGAGGCUGGAGUCCGGUCACGUCAUGCCAGAAAUCCACAGCCCUGAGUCGAAGGAGCAGAAGAAAAAUGUGAGGAACAGAAGAUUCUUACGUGGGAAAAAGAAAUUCAACAUGAACCCAAAAUCGGGUUUCCAUUACCUGGUAGAAAAUGAGCUGCUGGAAUGGCGAGCGGAGGCAGUGGCUGAGUUUCUCUACAAAGAAGAAGGGCUGAACAAGACCGCCAUUGGAAACUUUCUGGGAGAGAGGGAGGAAAUGCAUCUGGAGAUACUGAAAGCCUUUGUGGGCUUGCAUGAAUUCUCAGACCUGAACCUGGUGCAGGCGCUGAGGCAGUUUCUGUGGAGCUUUCGUCUCCCGGGAGAAGCUCAGAAGAUUGACAGGAUGAUGGAGGCGUUUGCAACUCGCUACUGCGACUGUAACCCAGGGGUCUUCCAGUCCACAGACACCUGCUACAUCCUGUCUUUUGCCAUCAUCAUGCUCAACACAAGUCUCCACAACCCCAACGUGAAAGACAAACCCAGUCUGCAGCGAUUUAUUUCCAUGAACAGAGGCAUCAACAACGGGGACGACCUGCCCACCGAGCUGCUCACGAAACUGUACGCCAGCAUCCGCAGCGAGCCGUUUAAAAUCCCAGAGGAUGAUGGGAAUGACCUCACGCUGACGUUUUUUAAUCCAGACAGGGAAGGCUGGCUGCUUAAAAUGGGUGGCCGUGUUAAGACCUGGAAGAGGAGGUGGUUUAUUCUGACAGACAGCUGCUUGUACUACUUUGAAUACACCACAGAUAAAGAUCCUAUCGGGAUUAUUCCUCUGGAGAACCUGUGUGUCAGGACGCUGAAAGACACAAGCAAAUCGUAUUGUCUGGAGUUGUAUAACCCCAAAGGACAAAAGAUCAAGGCCUGCAAGACGGCGAACAAAGGCAGAGUGGUGCAGGGUAAACAUCAGUCCUAUAAGCUCAGCGCAGCCAGUGAAGAAGAACGAGACAACUGGAUCGCUGCCAUCAGGGCCAGCGUCACCAAGGACCCUUUUUACGACUUAGUGUCUCUACGUAAGAGGAAGGUCAUUAGCAACACUUCCUCAUAGGACUGAAACACCGGACAUCCGUGGAAACAGCACCUGUUUCUGUUCGUGUUUGUAUGGACGAAUCAUCGUGUGCUGAGACUAUUCAGGAAAAACAAAACAAAACUAAAUUGCACAGCGUUUCACAGAAAUGUACAAAUUGGGAAGUGACACUUCUGCCAGCUAUUUGUGGCUCGCACAGUGAAGCCUUCACAUUAGUUCUGCAAACUGCACGCACUACUGCCCCGACUUCAGGGGCUCACAGCUCCUACUGGCACUGUCUGCUCACAGAAGGUGAUGGGUAGUUAGUAUCAUGGAUGGAUUACUCAACCGGCCUCCCGGGUGCAGAACCUGAGGCCCCCCGACUGAACCUCUGUAAGGAAUGACUGUUAAUAUUUCUUGCUGGAAAGUCAAAGAGUCACAGAUACGCAAAACAGACACAAAAUGUCUACACAGAGAUACAAAAGGACCACAAAGAGACAGAGAACAAGUUAAAACAAACACAAAACGACUGUAAACACACAAAAUUACAAAGAACCUUAAAUAAAAAACUCAGGACUACCACAACAUGACACAAACUGAAACAAAACGACGACAGAGACACAAACCGAGCACAAAGUGAUGCAAAAAAAAAAAACCCAACACAAUAAAGAGACACAAAAUUAACAGAAAAUGGUGACAAAGUGACCACAAAGUGAUAGAAAAUGACUACAGACACAAAAUGAUGCAAAGUGAUGCAGAACAACCACAAAGAGACACAAACCACUGUCUGUCUUCGGUCGGCUUUUGUGUGUGUGUGUGUCCAGGAGCCUGAUGUCUCACAAUCUGUCCACAGCUGUAGGCUGAGACACAAACAGCAGUUAUUUAUUGAUAUGAUUUCACAUCAGAAUAUUUAAAGUUGUGUGUUUGGCAUUAAUUUAUCCGACAGCCUGUUAAAAGUUUAAACCUGAUCUGCUGCUCACAGACUCUCAGCUGCAGAACUCAGGAGUAAAAGUGAAGGUCCAGAUCGUGUUGGUGGGAGCGACGGGAGAAGAGCAUGUAGCACUUUGUUAAACCUGUUUUUAUUUGAGACUUUUAGAGAAAAAGAUGAAGUUUUAAAAAGCAGGUUGAUAAGGGAUCUAUGGUGGGUGACGUUUACAAACCACAAGCUGUAGAGUUUUUUUUUUUUUUACACUUUUCUUGUUUCACUUAGUGUUAAAAUGUAAACUCAGUCAUUUUCUUCCUUCUACAUGUGAAUUCUUACUGAACAGAGUUUUAUUGUUGCACAAAAAGCAUAAAAAAAUUAAAUUAACUUAUAAAUAAGCAGAAACUGUACAGUAUAUUUUAUGUUGAAAUAUUUUUGAACAUAUAUUUUGUAAUUUCCAUGUUUUUUAAUUGUUGAAUGUACAAUGUAAUGACUUUAUACUGGAAUCAAAUUCUCUGCUGUAUAAUAAACUAGUUUAUUCUGAAUCUG